AGUUUCGUCACACUUCGUGGGUGCCGCAGGACAGCCACUUCCAGUCCACAGCCCUGCUCUCCCCGGAGGUUUAGCCCGAACUAGUGGGCUGUCCUGCUCACACCUCAGACUGAAUCUCCCCCAAUACAGGAAGACUCGGUGUUGUGGAACUGGAAUACGAAUAAAAACUGCGCGUGAGAUAUCGAAUGUCAGGUGCCAUGUGUGAGAAGCGCGGACGGUUAGUAGGAAUCACGCGCUGCCAGGACGCGAGGACUCUUUUCCUCCUGAUCAACUUGUGUUUCACACUGGGUUUGACUGUCGGUCGAAAGGUGUCACUACCAGCAGGCCCUCUGAUCCGGGUAGAGGGUGAGACACUGUCUUUGCGUUGUGAAGUAUCAGAUUAUCAGGGGCCCAAGGAGCAGGAGUUUGAAUGGAAAGCAACAAAAGGGUCAGAAACCAUUCAGAUUAUUUCCACGUUCGACUCCACAUUUCCAGACCAGUCUUUGAAGACUCGGGUGUUUACUGAUGACAUCACUGUUAAAAGAAUUAAUGGAAGCACAGUGGAACUAAGGAUUAAACAACCCAGGGUGACUGACAGUGGCAUUUUCACUUGCAUCACCCCCAGCACAGAUUCUGUUAUCAGUGGAAACUAUGAUGCAGAUGUACUGCUGAGAGUAAUUUCUAAUACACUGGUUGUGCUUCCUGAAGCUCCAGCCCCUUUAGUCCAUGAGGGCAGAUUAAUCAAUCUUUACUGCAACAUCACUCAAGAGUUCACUGAAGGAAUUUACCUUUCAGUUACAUGGUCUGUUAAAAAGAAUCAGUCACUAGAGCAGGAGCUCCUUACUUUUGGACCGGAUUCAGCUAUUACAGUUGGAAAGUAUUUUUUCCAACGUUAUGCAGAGGGCGAAAUGCGUUUGCAUCUGGACAGUAAUGGUUCCUACAAACUGGUACUCUCUGGAGCAAUUCCUGCAGAUCAUGGGAUUUACUUCUGUACUGCCAAACAGUGGACCAGAGAGCAGGGCACCUGGAACAGGAUACAGGAAAAGGCAGAGGUCAUAGGUGAAGUGGCUGUUAUCCCAACAGCUAAUUCACUCACAGUGCAGGUCUUGGAUAGUACCAUCCUUAUCCCAGGAGCCAAUUUGAAUCUUACUUGCCUGGUGUCUGCAGAUGACAUUGCAGCCUUAGGCCUUGAGGUGACAUGGCUGCUAAAUAACACACAGAUUCUUACCCACCUUAGUCGAGAUGGAGUGGUGGCAAAAACUUCAGAUAUAUUUAGCAUUAACCAGGUUGGAGAGGGUGAAUUCACACUGGAAAUUCACAACGUUGAGCUAUCUGAUAAAGGACUUUACUCAUGCAGGGUGACAGCAUGGAUACAGCAGAGCAAGGGAAAAUGGUACCGGGCUGCAGAGAAGACAUCAUCCCCUGUAAAAGUGGGGAUCAUCCCAGAAAAUCCGGCAUUUACUGUGACUCUUAAGUCUCCAGUCAUAGCCCAAAACUUGGGCGACUCCACAGAAUUUCUGUGUCAAGUGUCAAACAUUUCCCACUACUGGAGUAGACGAUUGAGUGUCAGUUGGUUUCAUUCAUCUGCCUCAUCCACUAACGGUCAGGUUACCACUGAUGUUAUUGCCUCACUGAAUGAAAAUGGGUCUGUCAUUUCCAAUGAUAAAUACAGGGACCGCAUCGACUCAGGUCUAAUCCUGGUAACCCGAACUGAACCAGCUACUUUUAAGCUUCGCCUCCUCCGUACCACAAAUGCAGAUGUAGGUGAAUAUGUUUGUAGUGUCUCAUCAUGGAUGUUCACUCGCUAUGGCAUCUGGAAAUAUGCAUCAGAACAUCAAUCUCAUCCAUUAAAACUCAGCUUGGUCUCUAAGGGCCCUGCCAUCAGUGUGAUCGCACGCCACAAACGGCAGGCAAAUGUCAGAGGCUCCACUUUUGAAAUGAUUUGCCUGGCUAAAUUAAAGAACCUCUGGGAGGGUGUGGCCCUCUCUGUCCUUAUAUUGGUCCAGUAUGGUGUAGGUGCACCCAGUCGGAAACUGGUUUCUCUCAGCCCUGACCUGGUUCUCAAUUUGGAGAACUGGGAUAAGUCUAGUCGGCAGGACAGCCUGAGUCUAGUGAAGACUGGAAAUGGGGAGUUCUUAUUCCAAAUCCGGAAUGUACAGAUGAUGGAUAGAGGAUUCUACUCUUGUGAAGUUGGAACAUGGACUAAGCCAGAUGGAAAUAACUGGGUGGAGAUGACCAAAGGGGAGUCAAAUAAAGUUCAGAUUAACUUUGAGCUCACAAGGCCAUCAUUUGAUCUUUCCAUAACUUCAGACACUACCAGUGUUUACCCUUGGGAAACGGUUAAGAUAGAUUGCAUUAUUACUGUAUCAGGAACUUCCAAAACAGACAAUGUUGCAUAUGAAAUACGAUGGUAUCAGAAUCAUUUAAGAGGAUCAGAUAGCCUCAUACUGUUGGCCAGUAUAGAUCGAUGGGGUGUGGUGAGGAAAAGCCCUCGUAAUGACAGCAGUGACUGCAGCUUGGA